AUGCGCACAGAUCCAAAUUUUCGAAGCAAUGGCAGACGACAACACCCUUCAAUAUCUCUUCUCAUUCGCAAUUCCGAAUCCGAUUCUGGGAGUUCAGACCUUGCUUCCAAAAGGGUUCUCCCUGCAUUGCUCAGUAUAGUUCAAUCACCCAAUCAUCAUCAUCUUCUCUCUUUAUGCUUCAAGCUUCUCAGAAACCUCUGCGCCGGUGAAACUGCGAACCAGAACUCGUUUCUUGAGCAUGGUGGUGUGGUUGUUGUGUCCAGCAUUUUGAAGUCACAAGCUGCGUCUUCAUGCCCUGAUCAUGGGUUGGUUCGCUGGGGUGUGCAGGUUCUGGCGAAUGUUUCAUUGGCUGGGAGGGAACAUCAACGUGCUGUUUGGGAAGAGUUUUACCCUGUUGGGUUUUUUUCUCUUGCAAGGCUUGGAAUGAAGGAGAUUUAUACAUGUUGUGAUGAAAACCUUCAAUGGUUUGGAAGCUUAAUUUCCAGUGAUGAUGGUUUGUCUGUAAUUGCACAAAUUGUGAGAACUGCUUCUUUUGCCAGCUUUGAUGAGGAUUGGAUAAUGUUGCUUCUUUCAAGAAUCUGCCUUGAAGAAUCUCAAUGGCCUGUGUUGUUUUCUAAGUUACGGUUUGUGGAUCUUCCUAAGGGUGAAGAUACCGAGUCAAAAUAUGAUGAGUUUUCAUCUGAACAAGCAUUUCUUCUGCAAAUCCUAGCAGAAAUAUUGUAUGUGCGAAACAGAGAUGUUGCGCUUCCAGAGGAUGUUGCGUUGUUUGUUUUUGAAAUAUUCAAGAAGUCUACUAGGGUUCUUGAGCAUGCCAUGAGAGGCAAAUCUGGUCUUCUUAGUGGCUCUACUGAUGUUGAUGUUCUUUGCUACACUCUUACUAUAUUGAGGGACAUUUGUGCUCAAGAUAGUGUGAGGUGUAAUAAGGAGGAUGCUAAUGAUGUUGUUGAUGUGCUAUUGUCAUAUGGCCUCAUAGACAUGCUUUUAUCUUGGCUUGGGGACCUUGAACCUCCAGCAAUAAUUAGGAAAGGAAUCAAGCAAUUUGAGAGCCAAGAAGGUCCUAGUUGUUCCUCAAAACCAUGCCCUUACAAGGGCUUUAGGCGAGACAUAGUCACACUUAUUGGAAAUUGUGUAUAUAGAAGGAAUAAGCAUGCUCAAGAUGAAAUUCGGCAUAGGAAUGGAAUUCUACUGCUCUUGCAGCAGUGUGUUAUUGAUGAGGAUAAUCCUUUCCUGAGAGAAUGGGGCAUAUGGUCUGUGAGGAACAUGUUGGAGGGCAAUGAGGAGAAUCAAAUGGUGGUUUCUGAAUACGAGCCAGGGAAGAGCAACUGUGUGUUACUGAUGAAGAUAAUACUUUCCUGAGAGAAUGCUGCACUCGGUAUUCCAGUGGAAGCUGAUUCGGUUCUGUUCUUAGUUUUUUUAAAGUUCAAAACUAUUUUAACAUGACUGUAUCCUCACAUCUUAACUAGUGUUUUCUAGUAUGAUUUCUUUAUUUGGGCUGGUUUUUCGUUGAGAUUUUUCUUUUUCUUUUUUCUUUUCAAAUUGAAGAUGCAGU